UGCACAGGUUCUUGUGCAAAAUUUGAUACCCAAUGACAGUGGUGGAAGAAAGUGCAUGGCUAUCAUCCUUCUUAAUUAUUCUACUACAGAAUAAUAGUUUUUUAUUUCAGUAAAUCAUUAAUUGCAUAUAUAGGCCAUUUUUCAAAUAACUAACACACACAUAUAUAUACGUUUUUUUUAGCUUUCAUCCAAGUUAGGGAUGUAUUUUCUAUUUAGUUACCCUUAAUUGUCUUGGUUGCUACUGAUUUUUUUUUUUUUUCUGCCUUAUGAAAAAACAAAAACAAGAAAAGUCUCUUUCAAAUGAAGGUACCACAUGAAGAUUCGCACACACAUGUAUAUAGGGUUUUUUUUUUUUUCUGCCUGUGUAAUUAUGUACAGUCUACUCAAAACAGACUCAUGGAGAUACCACAUGCUCCUGUCUUCGUAAUCAUAAGCAAGAAGGAUAGAUAAACCAAUGACAGACCACCUAAAGAUUGGAAAUCUUGUUGAUAUAGAUGCCAAAGUAAGUGUCCUUUGACCAAAUAGGGUCCUCACAAAAGAAUGUGAAUGCUUGAGUUGUUUUGACCAAGUAAUUAGGUAUAUGUCCUGCAAAAUCUCACUGCACUUAAAGGUUGUCACGUGGUUUUGUUUUCUAACUAAUCAACUAGAGCCUCAAGAUUCAGGGCUUCGGCACAUGGUUUUGUUCUAUGUACUUGUAGGGUAUGGUUUUGUCCUAUGUACUUGUAGGAUAUGUCCUUACUAACCUUUUUUUGUCAAUAGUAAGACAGCAGCAUGUGCUAUAUAUCUCAUCUGCUUUAAGCAGAUCAAUUCUUGGCCUCUAACUCCAUAUUUUCAAUGAAUUGUUUCAUCUAUAUAUACGUAUAUUUCACAUGCUUUCAUCACAACUCUCAAACAACUCUAGUCUUCACAUUCUCUGCUCAUACAUUUUCCUCGAGCAACCAAAUCUAAUAAUUUUUUUUCCUUAAGAACAAGAAGAAAGACAAUGGCUAUUCGAUUUGCGGGUAAUCUUAAGCAAAUUCUUGGCCGGUCUGCGUUUGCUGCAAAGAAAGCAGCUUCAAGAUGUUCAGAUGUACCGAAAGGUUUCUUAGCAGUCUACAUUGGAGAAAUUGAGAAGAAGCGAUUUGUAGUCCCCAUAUCUUAUCUAAAAGAGCCUCUGUUUCAAGAUUUGUUAAGCAAAGCUGAAGAGGAGUUUGGCUAUGAUCAUCCCAUGGGUGGUUUGACAAUUCCUUGCAGAGAAGAUAUUUUCCUUCAUAUCACUUCCAACUUGAAGAGAGCUUAAAAAGAUUAGGCAGGCAAUUAACCCAUCACAGAAACAAUUUUGUAAGGCAGAAAUUGCCACCAAGUGUAAAUAUCCAUAAUCUUUAAUUACAGAAAAAACAAUUCUGCUAAAUGAGACGAUUUUUUUUAUUAUUUCUUCA